AUGGAGUCCAUUUUGAGGGACAAGACAAAUUCCCCAGUCGGUGCAAAAUCGGCCUUCUCCUCAAAGAUACCGGCUGCUGUUAAGAGUUCUUCACUGCUGAAGCACUCCAUCUCCUCGAUCAAACCCUCCUUCAACUCGUUAAGUUGGCUAGAUAAAGAGAAUCCAGACAAUUUUCAAGACAUUGAAUAUAUGCACAGAGAAGGGGUCGAUCCUGCUGAUUCGAUGGAACAGGGUCAUGCAAAAACGAGCCCUGCCCCCCUCAACACUGGGAGGCACUCCCCCCAAUAUGUGCACGACGUUGUUGAUGAAGAGCUAUCACAAAAAAGAGUCAAAAUCGAUGGAUCUGACGAUGGGUCCGAUUAUUUGCGUGAAAUUGCACUGGAUUUAGAAAAUGCAAAGGAAAUCAUGAAUGAGAAUGUGGAAAAGACUAUCAAUAGAGAGACGCAACUUGGAGAGCUUUCCGAUCGUGCCCGUAUGGCUUUUUAUCCUUUUUAUUGA